AUGUACGCUCGCGCUGCCCGUCCUCAGUUGGCCUUGAACACUGCCGUUGCGCAGAAUACUCGCCCAACCCUCAAGCUCAAGUCACCCGUCGUGGCUCCACGAACACCAAUCUCACCAGUCUCUGCACAAAGUCCAGCAGUUGUGAGAUUCUCGACAUUCCAGGUUCCCAAUUAUGCAUACACCAACUCUUGUUCAACGAAGAGUAUCCUCAAGAAGCACCAGUCAGGACGUCCGGAGACAUCAGAAAAGCGCAUUCAAUUCCAAUUCACACCCACAGUCUACUGUGUGACGCCUAUUGAGAAUCCAGAUGAAUACUACGGAACACAUACCAAGAUGUCUCGCGAAGAACGACGUUGGUCGGUUCGCCAGUGA